AGCUUAGGUUCCAGUUGAUCAUGUCGGUUGUUUGUCAAAUAUUGCUGUCAUUUUUGCACAGUUAUUUAUGAAAUUACAAUGAUAAUUUCAAUUUUCCUGUAAAAAUAACAACAUAUAAAAAUAUCAAUGGCUGAUCUAGACAACCUUACUCAGCAACUUGAUCAACUAAAGAUUGCAGUUGAGAAGUCUGAGGGCGUUCUUGACUUACUCAGUUCUAUUCAUGAUCAUAUAGAACCUGACAAGGAUAUAGGCUCAUCAGCCAGUGAUCUAGUGGCACAGUUGGUACCACUGAUCAGCCAGCCGGAUGACGUCACAGUGGCUGCAAGGGCUGCCAACCUAAUCAGCACUUUGGCGAAAAGUGACGGCGGCAGAGCUGCUUGCAAUGCAGAGUCACGACUCAUCGCUGUUUUGAUGGAGAGGUUGGCAGCAGUUGGCUCCAAUGGCGGCGAUAUUCAAGUGCUGGGACAAACCUGUCGUGCCUUGGGCAAUAUCAUCUUCGAGGCACUGUAUAACACUAGUGAAACAAAGAAGGCAAUAGUUGAUGGAGAUGGUUUGGUGCUAGCAAUGAAAGCGAUCAAAUACAGUAUAGCUCAGGGCAACGGGGAACAUGCACGUCAACUGCGCACAUAUGCUGUCGGAUUUCUGCAUAAUCUCAUCAUUGCUGAGGAGGAAUUGUAUCAGAAGGCACUAGACAUGGACAUAAUGGAGGUGCUAGGCAGUGUCCUGGAGCAGGGAGUGCUGACCAGGGAGGGGGAAGAGGCAGCCAUCCACGCGGCCAUCUUGCUGAACGUGCUGACCGAAUCAGCUGAUCCACCCGGGUCACUGCAGAUCAGCGAGCGAAUCAGCGCCAGUGUCGUCAAGACACUGGAGGCCAGCAAUUGUCGCGAGCUCAGCGAACUCUGGCUCCAGUUAUUGCAUUCACAGGCCGAGAAUGAAACAGUACGUAUGUACUUGGCUAAGGCAGGACUUUGUGAGCUGCUGAUUCAGCUGCUAGAAAAACAUCACGCUCUAGUCAAAGACGAUGAAACCAGAAACCUAAUGAAGAUGGCUUGUGAUCUGAUUAUAAUCAUCAUGAAUGGAGAUGAAAGCAUGAAUCUGCUGUAUGGAGAAGGGAAAGGCAAGGUAUUUGUAGGAAUGUUGAGCUGGCUUACAUCUACCGAUGUAUAUAUGCAAAUCACUGGUGCAUUGGCAAUGGGCAACUUUGCUAGGACUGAUAGACACUGUAUCCAGAUGGUGGACUGUGGAGUUAGUAAGAAGCUGAUAGCACUAUUAUCAAACAAUAAUACAUCAGCAGCUGAUAUACGUCUCCAACAUGCUCUUCUUAGUGCUUUAAGGAACCUUGUAAUACCAUCACAGAACAAGUCAAAAGUACUGGCUGAUGGGUUACUGGAUGCGAUUUUCCCAGUGCUGACCGUUCCUACAUUUCCUGUCGUUUUCAAACUGUUGGGAACACUCAGGAUGGUCAUCGACGGGCAAGAAUCGGCAGCGAGACAGCUGGGUUGUAACAGGGAGUUGCUAUCCAGGUUGGUGGAGUGGUGUACAACAGAUGACCACCCCGGGGUGCAGGGGGAAGCUUCCAGACUGCUGGCUUGGCUCGUCAAGAAUAGUCGGGACCGUGACGUCAUGGGCUGCAUGGUAGCAACGGGUGCUGUACAACAAUUGGUUGCCAUGAUAACGGCCGAACACUGGGUGAUGCAGGGAGAGGCCCUUCUCGCCCUAAGUCUGCUGGCUGCCAUGCGAUUGGCCGACGCGGAGCCACACCUCUUGGAGGCCAAAGUUGGAGACAGGCUUGUCGCCAUUAUCAACCCCAGCCUUGAACGCCACGUGUUCACCAACCUUCUCUCUCUCGUCUCACAGCUGGCUACUUCUAGUGACAUGAAGCAGCACUUAAGAGAGCGUGGAGUGCCCAAGGCUCUGUCAAUGAUCGUCUCGCUAAAAGACAACAUGGCCGACAUGCGAGACCAAGUCUCUCGUCUCACAUCUAUGCUAGAAAUGAGCUGAACAACCAUUAGCAUAGCAUAAAACCGUAUAGAGAAAAGAUAGCAUAAGAUUCUAUACUUAUGCUACCUUAUCUUUAUGCUCUAAAUGAGUUAAACAUGCACUAGUAUAGCAUGAAACCAUACAGUGAAAAAAUAGCAUAAGAUGUUUUACGCUUAUGCUACCUGUUAUUUAUGCUAGAACAUGUUCCAUUAUGCCACAGCAUACCAUGUAGAACCAUACAGAAAAGAUAGCAUACGAUGCUGCCUUUUCUCUAUGGUAGAACGGUGAGGUAAGGUAUUGGAGUGUAGAAAAUUGUAGCUUUGUGAGGUCCACGUUAUAAUGGCAGUAUUUGAUUAGCAUUGGUGUUGCUAUCCUUGUCUAUCAUUCCACAAAGCAGAUAGAGCUAUCCUCUCCUAGGUCUGCACCGUUGCCUGAUCUCUUUUCAACAAUGUAGGAAUAUAAUUAAUUAACAAAAUAUUAAUCUCAAAUAUGGAAAUUCAUCAAUUAAUCAUUGAGAGGUAUUUUUUUUGAUGAAUGAAUUAUAAUUAUUUUCAACUAGAAU